AUGGGAAGCCAGUACAAGCCAAGCAGCGUGGAUGGAGUUCACAGCGAUGUGAAGGUGGUGGAGACGCCAACGAAGGUGAGGCCUUAUGAUGUGUUGCUGCGAUUUUUGGGGCUCUCACUCACUCUUGUGGCAACCAUCAUUGUUGGUGUUUAUAAGGAGACAAAGAUCAUCUCCUACGCUGGAAUGCAAUUCAAAGCAACUGCUAAGUGGGAAUACAUGUCUGCUAUUGUGUUUUUCUUGGUGUCAAACGCUAUAGCAUGUUCAUAUACAGCUGCAUCUUUGGUCAUUUUGGCGAUGUCGAGAAGCAGUGAAAAUAGUGUGACACUCUUGGUGCUAACCAUACUAGACCUUGUAAUCAUGGCAUUGCUGUUCUCGGCCAAUGGAGCAGCUUCUGCAGUGGGAGUUAUAGGAAAGAAUGGGAACUCACACGUGCAAUGGAUGAAAGUGUGCAAUGUGUUUGAUGCCUACUGUCGCCAUAUGAACUCUGCUUUGGUCCUGUCUCUGAUUGGCUCAAUGGUCUUUCUUUUGCUUGUGGCGCUCUCUGUUUUCAAACUCCAUAACAGGUCAAUCUAG